GCAGGUGCCGCGAAGAUCGCUGCGAAGAGUGCGAAGCAACGUGUGACUGGGCAUUUAAAGGACAAAGAUAAAAGAACCAGCGGAAGAGACGGUACAGAAAGUACAGGAAAGAGCAGAUGUGCCGUUAUCCGGCAUCACUGUGCGCGUAAACAAUCUUUGGCGCUAAUAUUAUUUCCAGCGGCGUGUUCAUGUCAGUGCAAAAUGAAUAUAGCAAGUGCCAUUCAGAGACGGGAGGAAGGUUUCGAAUUAAUACGUGAUUAUGACAUCGCUCUUUAUCGCCUGAAAUGCUACAACGACAACGUGUACCGCGGGAUAACGCCGAACGUAAACGUGCCGGAUUUCAAUCCGGACCCACCGGUGUUCGCGUGCCGUUUCUCCAGCACGCCGGGGUACGAGGAGGUUCUCGCACUGGCAAACGAGGAUGGGAAGAUCGCUCUUCAAGACACGAGAGUCAAAGGGAAAUUUGACGAACCGUUGGAAGGGUCACAGGCGCACUGCAAUGCGAUCUUUGAUAUCGCGUGGAUGCCCGGAGAAUUGAAGCUGGUCACAGCGUCGGGCGAUCACUCCGCACGUCUACUGGACGUCUCCAGACCCAAAAUAGAACAGAUCGCCUGUUUCCAUGCACACACGCGAAGCGUGAAGACAGCAGUGUUCCGUCAGGAAGACAAAGCGGUUUUUGCGACGGGCGCUAGAGAUGGCUCCAUCAUGAUAUGGGACAUCAGAGCUAAUCACACCGAUCAACCUAAACCGGACAAUUGUAUCGGCAAUGCACACAGUAUCUUCGGCAACUUGAGCAACUUAAAACGAAAAACGGUCGCCCAGGCAUCACGGGCGCAGAGUAUCACGGGUUUAACGUUUCAGGAUGACUUUACAUUGAUUUCGUGUGCUGCAGGCGACGGUCUAAUAAAAGUGUGGGACCUACGCAAGAACUAUACGGUCCACAAGAAAGAGCCGAUGGCGAAGCAUCUGAUGAACUACGCGGGGCACAGUAGCAGGAAUGGCUUUUCCUCGUUACUGAUAUGUCCGGCGAGAAUCACACUGUACGCAAGCUGCAUGGAUAACGUUAUAUACGCUUACAACAUAUCGUCGUACAAUCGCAAGCCAGUGGCCGAGUACUACGGGCACCAGAAUCACACGUAUUACAUAAAGACGUGCCUGAGUCCCGACGGUCGCUACCUCGCCAGCGGAUCCAGCGACGAGCUUGCUUACAUCUGGCAUACCGGUAGGCCCGGCGCGCCUAUGGUCAAGCUUACUGGUCACACGGAGGAAGUGACCUGCAUCGCGUGGUGCAACGUAGGCGAAACUAAGAUAGUGACCUGCUCGGACGAUUCCUACCACAGAAUAUGGAAGGUCGGGUUCGAGCACAAAAUAGAGAACGAGGAGAUCAGGAUACUCGGCCGAGCUGAAGUUGUCGUCGACAGAUUCCCCCUGGAAAACAUGAAGCUGGAAACUACGCCGACCUCUUCCCGAACCUCGAUCUCCCGGGCCUCAAUGUCUCACGAGGAAACCACACCGACCUCUGAUAGUGAGAACAAAAGCUAUUACAAUAUCCGUACAAGUACAGUGGAAAUGGAAGAUCCUGGACCUAGCAAUGAGAAAGUAAUUCACGCGGACAGGCAGACUCGAAGCGGUGGCACCGUAAAGCGUAGUUUCAUCCAGAUGAUGGUAGGCUCAAGGUCCGAGGAGAAGUUCAAGUGUAUUUUGUCUCCUAUAUACGAGAACCACGAGAUGCUCGCGAAACGGACUCACAUGGACGGGAAUCGUGGGGCACGAAGGCUGUUCAGCUCGAAUACCGAGAUCGCCGGCACUUCGAGUAGAAACUACGACUCGGACGAGCCUAGCACGAGCCAGUCCACGUCCACGAGCAGGAAUGACGGGAUUCCCUUCUCCUCACCUACGUCGAACUUGCCGAAUUUCGUGGUGGACGGCACGGCGCCGCACUUGCUCGAAAUAUCGCCGCAAAAGUACAAGGAGAACGUCGAUUGGCUGACGAAGAUCAGGAAGGAGAGGUACGAGACGCAGAAGAAAACUGCGUCGUGCAGUUCCAGGACUCAGGUGACGCCCGGCCGUAGACUCAAGAGGUCGCAGUCCACCGAGCCGCAAAAAGUGACGAAAACAACGAAAAGCUACGCGCUCUCGCUGCUAGACUUCUUUAAUAAAGCUGCUAAUAAGGCAGGCAAAAAGAAUUCUUGUUCAGAAAAUAGUAGUAUUAGUAUGCCCUCGUCGAAUCCUGAUACGGAACAAUGUCAGGAAGAGGAACGAUAACGGACGCUGAAGACAGCGGCGGCAGAUCGAUCUCGAAAUUUUUAUCUUGGAUCUUUACCACGCCGCUAAAUGCAAGAUCUUACAAAUCGUGUUGCCAUAAAAAAAAAUACGAGAACUAUUGAUUUAGGCGUAAGAUUGAGGCGCCUGGAAUUUUUCCUAUUUAGCGUAACAGGAGAGAAUUAUUAACGAGACGACUGAUUCACAAAUCAUUAACCGUUAAGCCACGCAUCGAAUAAUCUGUAAGAAUCAACUUGUUCUUUUUAUACACGCUUCAAGAAUCAUAAUGGAUCUUGCAAGAUGAUAUAGAUUUGAGAGACUAACGUUUAGUAUUAUACCGACAGUAAUGUACCUUGUAUACUUUGAGAUUAAUGUUUAAGAAAGGACGAUCCAGUUAAAUUAUAUAAAUACGAUCUGAUGCAAUGGAAUGCUUGUAGUUGAGCAUUAUACUAGGAAUUAAUUGUAUUAAAAUAGAAAUUUAAAUCGCAUUAGUGACAGCUAUCUUUUGUACACGACAAUAAAUUAUUUUUUUAUAGAAAA